AGACACGCGCAUGAAGGAACGCGUAGGAGAUAUAAACAAAUGUAAAAUCUCAUCAUCUGCCAUGGCAAUGGUCGGUUCAAUCCAUUCGCAAAUCCUUUUCUUAACUCCAACAAUUUAUUUUCUCUUCCAUUUGUGAAAGAAAAAGAAGAAAUAAAAAAAGAUGUUUGAUUUAGAUGAUCUAAAUAAUAGUAUUAGAAUUCCAUGGCUCAUUUGGAUCCAAAUCUUGAUCUUUUUUCUUCUUCUUUUUCUUUUCUAUUCCUUCACUGCUCUCUCUUCAGAUCUCUCUGUCAAUAACUCCGACAACCGCCUCAUUUCUUCAGCUUCCGCUUCCGCUUCUGCUCCGCCGUCAAACAAGCCAACCGUCGCCAAUCUGUUGCAGCACCGUAGCCAGGUUAGAGGAAGCCAAAGCAUAAAAGGAGAGAUAGCAACAAGCACAAGUAGAACGAUAGUGACCGGAGAAGAGAACGUAGAAAGUGAAAGCUUUUCGACAAACUCAAUCAAUAUUGAUUUCCAUCCUUGCAGCUAUUUCAGGCUUGCCAAACUUGCAUUUCUCAAGUGUUUCGGGUUAGACCCUACGACCGCCGAUAAUAAUAAUUGUUCGAGUUCCGAGCCGAAAAAAGAAAGAUAACCCCUGCUGAGAUUUCAUUUUUCAUCCUAUAAAUUCCAACCAGAAGCAAAUGUUUGGGAUAGAAAGCAAGUAUGCAAGAGAUUUUGUUUGUGCUGUUCAAGGUGAGCUUUAUCAUUUGACAAAGCUAAUGAUUAGAUCGUUGAGUUAUAGGCAAUUUAAUUCAUUGGAGCAGUUUAUAUGUACAACCAUGUAAAUAUUUUGAAGGAAUGCCAAGCUGGUUUAAUAA